AUGAGGCGAAGAAGUGGAAGCCGGUCAAGGUCAUCGAGAAAACAUAUAGACUUGUAUGAUACUUCUUCGAGAGGCUGCCGAUUUCUGGAAGGAGAGCUACCGAGAAGAUGUCUCGUGAUUAAGCGCACACAUCCAGAAGAAGGAGUAGAAAGAACCGAGUUGCGCCUGGUCACAUAUCAAAAAUCGGGAACCAGAAUUAAUCAAGCCCAUAUAUUGAUGGAUGCAGCUCAUUAUUUGCAAGAAAGGGCUGACGAUGCUGAGUACGAAAGCACGCGUGGAGGCGAAAGUGGUUCACGACCUUCUUACAGUUCAACGGGCACUGAACAAACAAGACGGAGCAGUGAUAAAACAAGGGGAAAAGAUUCCUCGUCAUGUUUCUGCACUGGUGAUCGAAGUAAGACAGAAGAGUUGGCUCACUUCGCUGAUCGCCAAGAACUUCGUGAUAGCCUCGAGCGUUUGGUAACGUAUUUCGCCUGUCGUGCCAAGGACACCGGCGAUCGCGAAUGGUCGGUGAUCACUGGGAUCGCCGAACGCCUACUCUUCGACGUGUCUGAAUGCAUCAAAAUUGGGGAACCAUUUAGCCGUGACCUCCUAUCUCGUAUCAAAGGAUUAGCUAAGUUAGUCAAGAAGGCCAAUCUUCGGGCAGAAGAAUUAGAAGCAUAG